AUGCUACAAUUACUAAAAACCGCGGCCUACUUUCCUUCCAAUUCUAUUGAAGCACCGGCGUUUGUAGACCCUUGGUCAAGUAGGGAAGACAUUGGAAACGCGAUUUUGGAAGGACUCAAACGCCUACAAGACCCGCCACUAGACGAUUUGCAUCCCAUUAUGUACUGGGCUGUCGCAAAUGACUACCUUCCCUUGGCUAAAGAAUGCAUCAAGGUCGACAAGUCCAAGUCCAUUCUGCAGAGGAGGAGAGGAGAAGCUAAUUGGCUUCAUAUUGCUGCUCAACACGGUAGUUCAAAGAUCAUCCACAUCAUUUCUGAUGUUGGGGCAUCUGAAAUGGCUACGAAUCAAAUCCCUGCAAUGUAUUUGGCAGCCAACCGUGGUAGCCGCGAAACAAUCGAAGAAAUUCUCAAAUUAGUUCACGCUGAGGGUCCCAUCCAGCCUGCACAUGAAAAGGCGGUUAAGAUCCUAGAGGCAAUUGCCCGAUUCGAGAAACCAGGUCACGAAGAAACCCUCAGGCAUUUGCUUGAACAAUGGUGUGGGCGAAAACCCGACAACCAGAUGACUACUCUCGAGUUGGCGGAUAUGUCAGCCUUCGGAGAUACUUUCCCAUCUGUUCCAGGUACCGUCCAUGAAAAGAUCAACAAUCUCUUUCGAGACAAGCCGCCUAUUCUGAGAUUCAUCGCAAAUCCCAACUACGAUACGCCACCGAAAUUGCCACAAUGUCAAGAAAGGUCAGAGGAGACGUUGAACUUGUAUGGCCUCAUCAUCGACACCUGUUCCUGCGGGACGUACACAGAGAAAAAGGAGACCAUCAAGAAGAUCAUAUAUGAUGAAGGUCCAACGGCCAUAAUGGGCAAAGAAAAGCAUCAUCCACCAGCGGUUUCGUGA